GAUGAAGAUUAAGAAGGAAGCGUAAAUUCAACACUGAUUGUUUGCCAACAUGACAGACCGAGAUGGAGCUACAACUACGGAUUCUGCUUCUCCUUCAGCAGCUAAUCCUCUUUCAAGAAAGCUUAACAAAAUUUUAGAAACAAGACUUGACAAUGACAAGGAAAUGCUUGAAUCACUUAAGGCAUUAUCCACAUUUUUCAAUGAAAAUAGCUUACGAACUAGAAGAAACCUCAGAAGUGAUAUAGAACGUAGAAGUCUGUCGAUUAAUGAAGAGUUUUUACAAACUUUUCAAGGAGUUAAAGAGCAACUUGACAGUGUGUAUGCAGAUGUGAAAGCAAUGAAUGAUUGCUGCCAGGACAUGACAUCACGUCUGAAGGCAGCAAAAGAACAGACACACGACUUGAUAUCCCAGACUACUAAGCUUCAUGCUGAGAGUCAAAAGGUGCAGAUGAAACUACAGGUGGCUGAUGUUUUUCUGGAUAAAUUUCAACUGAAACCAAAUGAGGUUAAAGCCCUUCGUGGAAACCGAGAUGGGUCUUUGAGCCAAGAGUUUUUCAACAGCUUAAAUAAAGUCAAGACGAUUCACAAUGACUGUAAAAUCUUGUUGAGGACCAAUCAACAAACUGCAGGUCUGGAAAUAAUGGAGGCAAUGGCCCUUCAUCAGGAAUCUGCCUUUGAAAGAUUAUACAGAUGGACUCAGAAUGAAUGCAGAACUUUAACAGGAGAUUCCCCUGACAUCUCCCCUAUGCUUUGUCAAAGUAUGGAAGCCCUGCAGGACAGGCCAGUGCUCUUUAGAUAUUCUUUAGAUGAGUAUGGAACAGCAAGGAGAACGGCUGUAGUUAGAGGACUUAUAGAUGCACUCACUAGAGGGGGACCUGGUGGUACCCCUCGACCUAUUGAACUUCAUUCCCAUGAUCCCCUGCGGUACGUUGGAGACAUGUUGGCAUGGUUACAUCAAGCAGCUGCCUCAGAAAAGGAAUAUGUUCACUCUCUGCUCAAGAAGUGCACAGUAACCACAGAGCAAGUUCAGGAUAUACUUGGACACAUAACAGAAGGCGUCUGUAGACCAUUCAAGGUGAGGGUGGAGCAAGUAUUGGUGUCCGAACAAGAUGCAGUCACACUGUACAAGCUAAACAAUCUACUCAAGUUCUAUCACAAUACAAUAGGACAAAUAGUGAACAAGGAGGCCUCCUUGCUGACUACCAUCACAGAAAUCCAAGAUCUCAGUCACAGGAUGUUCUUCAACAGUCUCAAUUGUCAUGCCAAUAAACUUCUUGACAAGGUGGAAUUACCUCCGGCUGACCUUUCAACCCCAGCAGCACUCAGUCAGACAAUGCAGUUGUUGAAGGAUGUACUUGCCUGUCAUGAUGCCUCUGUUGUGGCUAUUGAUGACAAGAAACAGGACUUUAAACAGAUAUUGUCUUGUAUAGUGGAUCCACUUGUCCAGAUGUGCUCAGUGUCUGCAAGUCGACUUAAUGCCAUAGACAUGGCCUGUUACAUGAUCAACUGUAUAUACAUCAUGCAGACCACGUUGUCUCUGUAUGAAUUCACAGACACUAGAUUAGAAAUGCUGCAAGCCCAGGUCGAGGCACAGCUGGACACGUUAGUAAAUGAGCAAGCAGCAAUGGUACUGAAUAGGGUUGGGCUGGCAGAGGCCUACAAGAUGGUUCAAGCCUAUCAGCCAAAACAGGGUCCUCUCUCUUCUCUCCAAGGCAUGGAUGCUGGGACAUUGAAAUCUGCAAUGAUGCAGUUUGACAGCUUCCUGGCCAAUCCAGAUGCCUUGGUUCUACCACAGUGCAGUCUUAUUUUAAGUGCUCGAAUACGGGAAUCAAUAAAGAAAAGAUCUAUGGAACUUAUCAAUGAAUCGUAUAGAUUGCUGUUUGACAGUAUAAAGAAUCCAGCCAAUGAAUACAAAGAGCCCCAAGGAAUCGUACCAAGGACCCCAGACCAAGUGAUGAAACUGCUCCAAUAUUAACUCUAUGAUGAAUAUGAUUCUCUGUUAUUAUUUGUUAUAAUAAAAUGAUGAUAUAGAAUAUGGUUACAUGCA